GCCUCGUCCACGAUGAGCUAUAAACACAGCAUGCAUUGGCAACAUUUUGGAUCCUUUCGCGUCCACUCCUCGCCCACUCGAUAACUGUCCUUCAUUACGUGCAUUUGCAGCCCAGUCGCUCAUUUCUCGGGGAAUCCUUAUUCCAGCAUCGCGUCUAGCAAAAUGUACCUGCUUAUACUCGCGGUAUACCUCCUAACCACACUACAACUUGUACAACUUGUACAGUGCCGGCCAUCGGCGAACGCUGCUGUGGAACUCUCUAAAUGCGGGGAGAGCGAUACCCCUCAGGUCCUUGCCGAUCAGUGUGUUGCCGUCUGUCGACCCGUCCACGAUGCGCGCGAUUGCAACCUUACUGCUGCGUGUACCUGUACGGUCGCGCCUCCUGCCGCAGUACAAGCUUGUUUGCAAUGUCUCCUGGAUGCAAACACUGGAUAUUAUCCUCAUGAGGUCGCAUUUAUGGUGCCGUCCAGCUUGAGUGCAUAUUCGGAACUAUGCGGUACUGCGCCGAUCAGCCGUGAGGCGACUGUCAACUUGUCUCACUCCUCGGCGGACACAAAUUCGACCGCUGUGCUGAAAAGAGAAGUAUCCGAUACUCACUGUAUAUAUGGAUUACCGCAGGUGACGGUCUCGAGUUCUGCAUCUUUCAUCGCUUCACAGAAGCGUCUGUGGCCGCUCUAUUGUAUCAUUUUCUUGAUGAUCUAGUCGCUUUUCGAGACUAGUACAUAAUAUCCCUAACUGCAUCUAAGUUAUGUUCAGUAUCACUAACACAUAUUGCCCUGUAUCUAUAG